UAGAUCGCGCUCAGCUAAUCCAUCCCAAAGUGAGCCUGGGACCGCAGACCUUGUCUUUGCUGAGGAGGAAAUUCGGCCGUGUCAGCCUCGGAGGGUGAGGUUUUGCAAUAUGCUUAUUCCAGUGUCAUUGCAGGCAGAUGAUGACAGCAGUGACGUGUUGUCCCCAUCUCCCCAGCCCGGCUGCCCCUCCUGCCCCUCUCCUCCAGUGGGGCCCAGGGAUAUGGUGGCUGUGGAGCCAGCUGGGCUCACCGAGGCGCCUGCAAGCAGGUUGCCCUUUUCUUGCGGACCAGAGAGUUUUCUGUUCCAUCCAGUGGCGUGAUCCGAGUCACUGUGCAGUUGUGUAGUUGUUAGGUUGGAUGCAAACAGCAGGAAGGUGGUGGGGGCCAGGGGGGCGAGGGGAAACAUGUCUGCUAGCUGGAGCCUGCUGUGGCAUCCUCCACACAGGGACCUUGGUGGCCACUGUGGUCUGCAGGAUGUUGAGGUUCUCCACCGGUGAGAGUCCCGUCACUGAAGGGCAUUUGGUGCUGGGAGGAGGGUACUUGUGUCUGCUCCUCGCAAACACUGAGUGAGAACGGAAAGUAAGGCGAGUUCUGAUGGUGACAAACAGGGACAAGAAAAAUGUUGUGCCCUUCAGGAGGUAAAGACAGCUUGAAAAAUCAUGCUUGUGGGGGAGGGAGGAGGAGGGGAGAGACAUCUGUGCUCGUUUAUUCAUUCAUGUUUCUACUAGCCUUUAUUAUAUUUAGACUACGCUAGAUGACACUAGAAGUAUUUUGCAUCUAAUGAUGAUCUAGGGAGGAGGAGUGCUCUGUAGCAGCCUUUACACCUCCUCCUGGCCCAAGUUUCUUUACACAUAUUUGACACUUUUGAUGCAGGUUAUGCAACACUGUCAUCCAAUGGAGGUGUAAGCUUGGAUCUUUUUUUGUUCAUUUGUUUUGCUUUGUACUUGCCAGUGGGUUGUAAUCAGACAGAAACAGAGGGAAAUCAAAGCACCACAAGACCUCUGCCCUUUUUGAGCUGACACAGGAAAGUCCUUAAUUUCUUUGACAGCUAAAUGGGAGAAAACAAAACACAAUGUUCCUUGUAUUUCUAAACAGUCACUGGAAUGAAAAAGGACCGAUUCUGAGAUGAAAGAAUUAAUCUUAGAGCUGGUGCUUGAAAAACAGUAGUGUCUGUGUUUGAUAUUUGGAGAAAUACUAAGCUGGGACAUUGUUAUAGCCUCUUUGGGUGCCUUUAUCUCUUAUAGAGAGGCAGAAAAAUGGAACCAGCUUAUUGCCUCUUAGAAGGUCUAUCAAGGACAUCAGGCAUAUGUUGUAAUUUCUGUAAACUGCUUUAAUCUGAUUUUAUUUUCUAUAAUAGUGACAUUUAACGAUCAUUUUGUCUUAAUCCGCUUUUCUUUGUCCGAAAGGAAAAUUCUUCGAAUGAAGGGAGAGGAAGGAAACAAAGCCGGCAGCCUCAGCAGCUCACAGCCGUGCCAGCUUUGUGUUGUUAGUCAGGAAUUGACCGAGUGGGUCUCUCCUGACAUGUUAAAACACCAUUUUCCUUUUGCUAUAUCCUGAUGAGUUCUGCCGGUUUUUACUCACACAAAACUCUCUCUGGUGUUUACAAUGAGAGUUAAUUUGGCUGGGGACUGAUCAGAAGCUUUAAAUGCACGGCUCCCAGUCCUUCCAGUACAAGGGCUGGCUCUGAAACCCUCUUGAUGUCUGACAGUCAUUCUGUUGAACCCAUCCUCAAAUAAAGUAUCACCAUGCAAGACAGAUCUGUACCUUUUAUACUUUAUCACAUCCUGUUUUACCAUUGCAGUGGGUUUUUCACUCGGGGGCUUUAUUUGACGCUGUCUCAGUGUCAUGGCCAUAAAUCAUGCUCUGUGCCCAACGCACUUUCCAGAGCCUGUGCACGCAAUGAUACGUACCAUGAAAUGCUGCCUGUCCUCACGCUCAAGUGGCGCAGAACGGGCCAAGUGGUGCUGUGGUUUCUCAUACAACGUCAGCAAGAGGGAUGUGCCUUGGCCUUCAUUAGCAGCAGUUUUAAAUGAGAUGCCUGAAGGGGAUUGUUGGGCUGCUGAGAUUUUUGCCCCCAUUCAGCUGCCAGUUCUCCUCUCUUAUCUCUCACGUUCACUCUGCUGGCUUUACCACUUCCUCGUAACGCAUUCCUGGAAAAGGGAGGGUGGGAACGGAAAUACUCCAUUACACCUCUCUCUACCAGUUUACAUUUCCACAGUGCAUACGGUAACGGACAAGCCAGACUCCUCCUGGGUUUAAGCACCACAUAUAAAUCUUCCCUAUUCAAUUAGAGCAAACCUAUGCUGCCAGCUACCACCGCCGACUGCCACAUGAGCAAGGGCUAAACCUGGCCAGAGGAGCUUCUGAUCAGGAAAUCAGAUUUUCUGGGGUCUGGAAGAGUCAAUAUGUUGGAUCAGAUUCAUCUGCUGGCUGCCGUGACAGUCCUGGGAGUCCUGGAGCAAGCCUACUUCUUCCUUCAGGUGAUCUAUGCUAGGAGAGCAUUUGGCAUUUCUCCUCCAAAAACUUCUGGCCCACCUGAAUUUGAGAGGAUCUUUCGAGCACAGGUGAACUCCUCUGAGUAUUUUCCCAUUUUCCUGGCACUUCUGUGGCAGGCUGGACUCUUCUUCCAUCAAGGUCUGGCCGCAGCCUUGGGUCUGCUCUAUCUCUACGUCCGCUACUGCUACUUUAUGGGAUACAGGACAUCGUCUUCAGAAAGGCUCACCCCAAUAUACUUCAGUGCUGGAGUUCUCUGGAUUCUCACUGCAGCUUCAGCCCUGGGCAUCCUGCAUUUCUUCCUCUCUCACUACUUCGGGCUGAAUGUCCUCCAGCUUCUCACAGCGUGACCUGCUCCUCUGUCCCUCGUUGGUGUCCUCGCCUUUGAGUCCUGCUCCCUCCAGCCCACGGUAACAGACUGGCUGUACUUAAAACAGCCCCCACUGACAAAUCCACCCUCACCUGAGUUUUUCGCACCUCCCUCCCCACUGCCCAGUGCCGGCAUGAACUGCUGAGCUCUUCAAGGAGGUAUUUUUUUCCCCAUGGCACUGUGUGUGCCGAGUGCUCCAUAUCUGGCCGUUCUGCCAUGCCUGAUGCGGAAACAACUACUCUCCAAAACAAGGAGAAUUUUAGGAAAACCGGACACAUAAAAGCAAAUUCGUCUCAGCAUGAGCUUCCCAAUGAGCUGACCCCAGGAACCGCCAUGUGUUCCACUUCCUCCAGCGGCUCUGCCUUCAGCCCAGGCACCAUCCAUGGGUUCAUGCCAGUUUUCCAAGGCCCACACCUAAGAAAGGCAUUUGUUUGAAACCAGAUGUGGGCUGAGGCAUAACAAAAGAGGCAAGGGAUAAACAGGAGCAGCCAUCAACAUGUUAUGCAAAACUCUUAUUAGUGCCCUCAUAAUGGUUACUAUGCCUGUGGGCAAUACUGUAAAUCAGAUCAAGCAAACUUUUAACCACUACUGCAUGUGUAACUCUGA